UCAACGAGAGACCCUAAGGGAAAGGGAAUCUACGAAACUGAAGAUGGGAUACAUUUCGACUUUCAAUAUUGGUUGCCUUCCUUGCGAGAACAUUCUCAUUUUGAACGAACUACCACUACUCCUCGAAAAAUCGCUUAGUCCGAUGGCAAACGCGUAUCAAGGAGAUCGUACCUAUUCUUGUUCUUGCAUUUGGUAUUCUCAUGCACGCGUUAAUUGCAAUAAACACGAGAGAAAAAAAGUAUUAUCUAAUGCCAAGGUCGGCAAAAGGAAGGAAAGAAGGCGACGACGCGCUCUAGGACACGCGCGUGUUUUUCUUCCGAUCGAUGCCACCCUUACUUACCAUUUGCAUAUCGAAUAUAAUCGGUUAGGUUAAAUUUAUCGCGUCGACGAGGAGAAUCGAUGAAAAACAUCGAAUGAAUAUUUAAUAUCGUACGACGAGCUGGCUGACUGUCGUACGCACGACAUUCUCCUUUAAAUACCGUUCCGUUUACAUCGACUUUUCGUUUAACGGAAGAAAACCAAAUAAUAACUUUUAACAACGAAUAAUUAUUAUUCGAUUCGCGGACUAAAAACAUGAAAAGGUUACGAAAGAAGAACGAGAAAAGAGAUUCAUCCGAAUCGAAGAAAAUAUUCUGGAUCGUUUUGAGGAAUCAGGCACGAGAAUUUUGUCUCGCGACAGGGCUUCACGGAUACAAGUAUGUCGCACAAUCGCAGCGUUCCAAAAUCGAACGAAUUAUUUGGGCCAUCGUUUUGUUCGCCUCAUUCUGUUGUGCAAUUGUCCUGAUGAAAAUCGCUUGGGAUUAUUAUGCAUCUCACCCAACGCUCACGGUGAUAGAAACUACUCAUCGAGGUAUAUGGAAUUAUCCGUUUCCUGCUGUAACGAUUUGCAAUAUCAAUCGAAUAUCGUUGAAUUUGACGAGAAGCUUGGUCGAUAUGUUGAAUCAUCCGUCCAAUAUAUCCAAGGAGUUUUUGGUUCAGGAAUUCCGACUACUCUUAGAAUUACUCGAUCCUGGUGUGUUCGAGCAGGAUGUCGCGGAAAAUCUUACUCGUUUACAAAACAUCCUUGAUGAUAAUCGAUUAACGAUACCGGAAGUAAUGGAAAAGGUUACGAGGAACUGUAGCGAUCUAUUAAAAUUGUGCAAGUGGAACGACGACUCGUUCGAUUGCAACAAAUUCUUUAUUAGGAGCUUAACCAGAGACGGUCUCUGCUGCAGCUUCAAUUAUGUAUCUUCCUACCAUACGAAAAAUUCUAUCGAUCUUCAACCGAGAAGAAUACCAGCUUGCGGUUAUCAAACUGGUCUCGCCGUAUCGGUGAAUCCUGAUCCGAAUGAUUAUUUGGCUACCUUUCUUGGAUCUUUCGGUGUAAAGGUUUUAGUUCAUUAUCCAUACGAUUAUCCGGACCACAAUGCUAACGAUAAAUUGAUCGAUUUGAAUAAACAAGCUUUCCUCAGUAUUGCACCCGAAGAAACUUACGCAACGUUGGACGUUAAAGAUCUCGCUAUUUCCACGCGAAAUUGCGUUUUCAGCGAUGAAGGGGAUAGGAUACUUAAUAAUAAAAACAUCGAGUACAGAAGAUUAACGUCAGAAAAAUAUUCUUAUGUAAACUGUAUGGCGGAAUGUCGUGCCAAUACCAUCAAGAAAAAGUGCGAUUGCAUUCCUUAUUAUUUUCCACCGAGUGAAGUCAGAGUUUGUAAUUUGAAAGACGUCAAAUGUUUAUCGAUACACAGAUGUAACUUGGUACGAUACGUCCUGGCCUGGAAAAAACAUCGACGUGGAGCAAGUAAAUCUGGAAAAAAACUUAAACGAGAUAGACAAGAGACCCUGCGGAUGUGUUCCCGAUUUAACGAACUUUCACCGAGUCGAUCAAAUCAACGUUUCGUAUUAUUCUCCCUCCCAUCGUGUUAUUAUAUUUUUAGGAAAUACAAAGGAUUCCAAAAUCAAAGUAUAAUCCAUGUAUUCUUUAGCGAUUUGGUAGCCAUUCAGUAUCGUCGAAGCGUUCAUUAUAAUUGGCGUAAUUUGUUCGCGUCUUUCGGGGGACUCUUGGGUUUGUUCGUUGGAUUUAGUCUUAUGUCUGGCUUCGAAUUAAUAUAUUUCUUUAUUAUUAGAAUAAUUACUGAUAAAUUCGUAAAAGACAAUCAGGAGAAUCGCGCGAAAUCAAGAAUCUUUGCUUGCGAAAUCCAACAAAGUCACUAGAAAUGAUCUAUAUAUAUAUAUAUAUAUCUCUCUCUCUGUUUUAUGCAAAACCUUUCGCGAUACUUUGCUUAAUACGAGAAAGAAUUUAUUUUGUCGCUUACUAUUGAAAGAAGCUAUUUUGCGCGAUAGUAUACGCGAUACUGUAGUAGAUAAUUUACGAUCACGAUUUCA